UCUCUUAGGUUUCCUGACAUUUGCGCCAACAAUGGAUCUGAAGAAAAUUAAGGAUUACAUUUACUGGCUGCAUUUUCAGUAUCUCCUGGUUACCUGCAGUUAUGUGCUGGAGCCUUGGGAACGAUCCAUGUUUGAUACUAUCAUAAUUACUGUUGUUGCUAUGGUGGUGUACACUGCCUACGUUUUCAUCCCCAUCCAUGUCCGCUUGGCUUUUGACUUUUUCUCCCAAGUCUUUGGAAAUCAAACUGAGAACACACUGACCCUCCAACACUGACUCAAGGCUUUGCCUUCUCUGGAAGUGCUCUUCCUCCACACUAUUAUACUAAGCUCUGCCUAGAUUUCUUUUGGGUGUGAUUGUGAGCCUGUUGAUUCAAAUGCACAUAUCUCUCUCCACCAC